AGGUUGCACGUCUGCGAUAUAGAUUAUUACAAAAAAAGGAACCACGUGAUUAUAAAAUCACGUAAUAUAUUUCUAGUACACGCUUAAGAAUUGAAUACCCUUCUAAGACCGUCUGAACUAAGGUGGAAGCCAAGGUGCUCGAAAGUGAAUGGCGUCCAUUUCAUUCAACCACAGAUAGACUUGUGCUCGAGCCUCUCAGCGCGUGAGCGCUAAAUGGCGUAGCGCACGAGCGCUUCAGAGGAAGUGGCGGGUGAAGCAGGUCCGCACCUUUUCCGGUAACACAGCGCGGCUGAGGGACUGAAGCGAGAGACUGGAGAGGGAGAGAGGAGAAGAGGGGGUAACGGAUUUGGGGGAGUCCGCCGCGUUUAGAAGGGAGAGAAGACACGGAGAACGGAAACUCGGAUGAAUCAAUGACCUUUGGAGUGUUUUUUAUUUCCUCGGCUGGUUGUACGGCUUCCAGUUUGCUGCUACGCCAUUAAGGGCUCAAUAGUCCCCAUGAAGUCUUGAAGGGAAUCCCGGGCGCUUGAAUGUGCCGAGUGGCUAAAGCGAGCGGAGAGCCGGCGCACAAGGAGGAAGUCUGGACUGCUGUGGGCCAGCGAGCGGGCCGCUGUGUUAUCCGGAGUCUAAAACACCAACAGCUACUGUAGUUACACUGUGCACCAAAAACAGCAGUCUUAAGAGCUAAGAAGUGGAUUUCAAUGGACCUGUCUUUCAGAAGGCCACCAGGUUGAGACACCAGGACACUGAGACAGGUUCAGGACGGCUGCUUAUCCACACCCACUCGUCUUAACUUGGUGUUUCAGUUUCUUUAAUUCCUCUAAAGUAUGCAGAUUGAUCUAGCUCAGAGGUUCUACUCUGUAUCAUAGAAGAGCCAUACUUUUUUUGUGAAGCAAUAGUUUUGCAGUCUGUUACAGUACCUAAAAAUUGUGUUGUUGCACCAAAAGCUGAAGUAUUACAGUAGCACAUAACCUAGCCAAAGGUACGUUACCAAAAAAAACAACAAAACAACCCUAGAUCUUCUCCUCCUUAAUAAACAUAAUAUAUGCACAACCAACAAGAUGGGGAAAAUGCUUUCAAAGAUCUUCGGAAACAAGGAGAUGAGAAUAUUGAUGCUUGGACUUGACGCGGCCGGGAAGACGACCAUCCUUUACAAACUCAAACUGGGACAGUCGGUCACCACCAUUCCAACUGUGGGCUUCAACGUGGAAACAGUCACAUAUAAGAAUGUGAAGUUUAACGUGUGGGACGUGGGAGGUCAAGACAAGAUCCGACCGCUUUGGCGGCACUACUACACUGGCACACAGGGGCUCAUUUUUGUGGUGGACUGUGCUGACAGAGAUCGCAUCGACGAGGCCAGACAGGAGCUGCACCGCAUCAUCAAUGACCGCGAGAUGAGGGACGCCAUCAUUUUGAUAUUUGCCAACAAGCAAGAUCUGCCGGACGCGAUGAAGCCACAUGAGAUCCAAGAGAAGCUUGGUUUGACCCGCAUCCGUGACAGGAAUUGGUAUGUGCAGCCCUCGUGUGCUACCACAGGUGAUGGACUAUACGAGGGCCUGACCUGGCUCACUUCAAAUUACAAAUCUUAAUGUACUGUUCAGUUGGACUGCUCAGUGCAAGAGAAAUAGAUAGAUAAAAAAAUCAUAAAAUGAGCAAGAAAAAUAUGAACUGGAAUCAUUUAACAAAUAAUUCAUCUUGCAUAUGUUGGCAAAAAGAAGUUUGCUUAUAAUCCUGUUUCUGUUGAUUUUGAUCACGCCCUGUAACUGUUUUUUUUUUUUUUGUUUGUUUGUUUGUUUUUCUUUAUAUUACAUACCAAUCCUUUUGGCUGGCUGUUAAGUUUGCCUUUGGCACUACUAGAAUUCUAUUACAUUCAAUAGUACAUAAAAGUAUUACUUUGGAAAUAUGGAGAUGUAGAUUUUUCUUUUGCUCGCAUUAAGAUUUCUUUUCGGUCACUGCAUAUUUUUUAUUUUUUGUUCUUUAUCAUCUUUUCUUUUAACCAUAGCACCGUUCUUAUGUUGGUAUUCUGCUUGCAUUUUGCAUUCAUGGAAGCCAGGUUUUGCCCAUGAAUGUAGUGGGAGUGCCACCCACCCUUCUCUCACAACUCUCACACACACUCCAAAGUUUCUUUCUUUCCAGACAUAUUAUCUGUCCCAUAAUAGCAUCCUAACUCCGAUUUGUUCAUUUGUGAUCAUGUCAGAAGAAUCCAGAAAUGUAAAGAGUGAAACCAGUCUCGUUCAGUGCAAGGAGUUCAAACAGGAAAAUAAUGUGAUGUCUAGUUUUGGCAACUCCAUGUUCAUAAAAACUUGUGGAUACAUGAUAUCACAUUUUCCUUCAUUUUUCUAAGGGAAAUGCUGGCUGUGUUUUUUUGUUUGUUUUUGGUUUUCUUUGUGGGGGUGAGAUUCCACUGUAAAUGAGUAUUAAAAUUGUUUGGCUUUUUUUUUUCUUGGGAAGCACAAACAAAAGGUGUUUCACAAGAGAUGAGCCAACAUGAGUGAGAGCUGGGCAGGAGUCACAGAAGGAGAAAUGCCUAUAAGGGUGUCAAUGAGGGAAGAAGUACAAGGGCCAUUUGCUGAAGUGAGCAAUUCAGCAUUUCUGUUCUGACCCUGUGCCCCAAAAAGUGUUUACUAACCCUACUACCUUUAGUCACCUGGAUCUUUCAUGGUGCUCUGGAUUCUGUUCUGCAAAUACAAUAUCCAUCAGCUGCACUAUGCAGUCAGACAAGCCUAUUUUUGUUUUAAUAAUUUACAAUAAAUGCUUUGUUGUAUUAUUUAGAGUAAUUUGUUAUGCUGAAGAAAAAAUAAAAAAAAAUCAUAUUCCA